AACUAACAGUGAUGCUAAACUUGGAGCACCUCCUAAAAUUGGAUUUGUGUUUUUGGAGGGAUUUAGCAAAUACGGAGUCUGCUAUUCUCUUUUUUCUUGUUUCCAUCUGCUGGAAAUCACCCGACCGAAGAAGCGUUACUGACUGCUCUGAUCGGAAUGGAUUCCUCCUACGCUUCUUUAUGGGAGAAAACUCGAAUUCCUCAACCAUCGUUUCAGAAGCUAGCCGUGAUUUCAAUCUUCGAGAAACUCCGAUCCGCUCCGCCGCACCUCGGCCCCGACUCCCUCCCUGGAACGGAAGCCAUCACUCAGUGCCUCCACUCCGCCUCUCCCGCCGUCCUUGACCAGUCGGUCCGCGAGCUAUGCCGACUCGUCAGGGACUCCAAGCUGGACCUCUCUCGAGGGUUACUAGAGCUCCAGUCUGCCCUCGAAGCCACUGCUUCUCGCUUCGUCAGUCUCUUCGUCAAAGGUUUGGGAUUUCUUGUCCUGUUAGGUUUUCGGAACAAUUCUCAUUCAUUUCAUUUCAAUGCGCCAGAGACGCAUCCGUUUGUCAUGAUACUCUCUUCACGGAAAGAGGUACAUCCCGAGCUUGUGCGCCAGGUGCUCAUUCUGUUAUCAGAGGGUAAACAACACCGGAUGUUAGAAGCUUGUCAGUUCUUAACACCUUUUCUGAAUUUUGCAAUUGUGCGGGCGUCUUCUGCUGCUUCUCUGGCUUUCUUUGUUAGAAAUCUGAUGUCAUCUAUAGCAUUAUUAUGCUGUUCGCUUUCUCAAAAGGCUGUCCCUAUUAUCAAGCUACUAAUUGGACGGAUUAAAUACUUCCCCUGUAGGAAUGAGGAUGACAUAACAGAUAUUUUUUAUUUGGUUGAAUGCAUAGUGGAUGCAUUGUCUAUGGUCUUGAGGCAACUAGUUGGAAUGGGAUUGCAUGUUCACGAAGCUCAAUUAUGCAGUGCGGAACUACUGGAUGCGAUUUUCUCAUUGCAUAAUGAUCUUCUCCAGCCAGCAGGUUCCCUUGAGUACAUUUUAGAGAUAUCAAGGCGCUUAUUGGAUGUGCAGAAAGAGCUUGGAUUAAGUUUUUUGCCCGAGCUAUCAUCAGCAAUAUCAUUCUUUAUUAUAAGACUUAUCUAUUCAGAGCUUGAACAUGAACAACUCUCUGCAGUGAAACUGCUUUCCUUCAUCUUAAGUUGGAAAAAUGGCAGUGGCAAAACUGGUCUUAGAUCUUCAUGCAUAUUACAUGAAGAACUUUUAUGCAUUUUUCCUGUCAUCAACCUUGUACACUCUCCAUCAAAAUCAGUAAAGAAAGAAGUUAUCAAUUUGCUUUCUGUUUUAAGAAAGCUUUCAAUUGAUUCAUUUGUUCUAUCAAGUACAGUUGUGUCAAAUGAAUGGAAGCUUCCCUCCAUCAGUACAGCUGAACACUUUGCUCUCAGGCUACUACAGAAUUUGUGGCUUCAGGACAAAGCUUCAUUACCUAGCCAUUUCUAUCUAAAUGUUGCUCGUUUUGAUGAAUCAUCCACAAACAAGAAGAAUAUAGCAAAGUCAUGGGCAUCUAUGUUGAAUGAGUACAUGAUGCUGAUCAUUUCAAGAAGAAAGUCUCCUUUAUCAAUAUCUGGAUCCCAUGAAAAACUUCUUACUGAAAUGCCUUCAUUACUAAGUGGGAUCACAUGUGACCAAGCUUCAUUACCUAGCCAUUUCUAUCUAAAUGUUGCUCCUGUUGAUGAAUCAUCCACAAACAAGAAGAAUAUAGCAAAGUCAUGGGCAUCUAUGUUGAAUGAGUACAUGAUGCUGAUCAUUUCAAGAAGAAAGUCUCCUUUAUCAAUAUCUGGAUCCCAUGAAAAACUUCUUACUGAAAUGCCUUCAUUACUAAGUGGGAUCACAUGUGUACUCCUCUUGCAUCGAACUCUUGCACAGUCUGCUGUAGAUUUAUUGGCUACAUGCAGCCAAGUGGACCCAAAACUUGGGAUGCCAUUGUGGCUAGUCAUGCUUUUCUACACACAUAUGUUUUCUGACAAGGAUAUUAGUUCCCCUGCCUUGCCGUUAAAACUCUUGGGCAUGCUACCAUCACUUGCUUCACAUUCUGCAAUGUUGCCUCUAGUCAUUCAAACAAUUUUACCGAUGCUUCAAAAGGAGGCUCAACCUGUUCUGUAUGCUUCUGCAAUACGUUUGAUCUGUAAGGCAUGGGAGUGCAACGAUCGCGUCUUUGGAAGUUUACAGGGAGUAUUACUCGCAAAAAAAUUUACAGAGCUCGCAUGUGAGAGAGAGAUCUGUAUUAGCAUGGCUCUUUCCAUUCGUAGUGUAUGUAGAAAGGACCCUGAUAGAGGUGUUGACCUUAUCUUGUCUGUGGAGGCUUGCAUUGAGCAUCAAGAUUGUCUUAUUCAGUCACUUGGUCUUGAAAGCCUUGCCCAUCUUUGUGAAGCAGAUGUAGUAGAUUUUUAUACAGCUUGGGAUGCUAUAGCAAGACAUGUGCUAAACUACUUCAGAAAUGCCACUGUUGCUUGUAGUCUUUGUCAUCUCUUAAGAUGGGGUGCACUGGAUGCCGAAUCAUAUCCUGAACCUGCUCUUGGAGUUGUGAAAUUAUUGUGGGAAAUUGGGAACUCUAAAAUUGUUGGUGUUGGAUGGAUGAAAGCUCGGGCAUCUGCCUUUGUGGCAUUAACUCAUUAUGAGGUAGGGCAAUUUCAGAGAAGCAUUCCAGAAUUUAAUGAUAGGAAUUUGGAGUUCCUUACAUCUGAGGCUGAUCUGGUCGUAUUGAAAGCAUUAAACGGAUUUGAAGUAAAAAUUAUAAGUCAUGAGCACACUACACGUAGAAGAUUGGUGAAGCAGAAAAAACAGCCAAAAGGAAAGAUUGAAAAGCUAAUUGAUGUUUUCCCUAAGGUCAUGAUUACUUCAGGAAGUGACAGAAUACCUAGAGAACUGCCUGGUGCAGCACUCUUUUGCCUUUCUUUCAAUCAUAAAGGCUUGAAUUUUCCGAGAACACCAGAAGCAUUGCAAGAUGUACAAGAUAAAUACAAGAAUGCUGUAGUUGAAAUAGUCGACUCUCUUCAGCUCUCAAGGAAUGUUUUGAUUGCUCUACUGGCAUUGCAAUCUUGGAAACCAUUCAUGCGAAGAUGGCUAAGGGCUCGCCUCAUAUUACUUGAUACAAAGGUGCAUUCGACUGUGUCAGAUAGAACUUCCAAUGCUGCUAAGGAAAUUUUGAAGAAUUUGAUAGAAGUUGGCAAAACAUCUCCUCCCAGAUCUGCUGAGAAUAUUGGGUUAGCAAUUGGGGCUCUUUGUUCGGUACUCCCAUUAUCCGACCAUGUUAUUAAAUCAACUGCAUCAAAAUUCUUGCUGGGAUGGCUGUUCCAACAUGAGCAUGAGUAUCGACAAUGGUCUGCUGCUAUUUCUCUUGGGUUGAUAUCAAGUUGCCUGCAUGUGACCGAUCACAAGCUGAAAAUAGAAUAUAUUAAUGCACUUCUUGAGGUGUUAUCCAUGAGCAAAAGCACCCUUGUGAAAGGAGCAUGUGGGGUUGGGUUGGGGUUUUCAUGUCAAGAUCUUCUUACCAAGAGUGAAGCUGAAGAUAAUUCUCAUCUGGGUAGAGGAACACUCAGAGCAGAAGAAGUGAAUUUGUUGAAAAAGAUUAUUGGGAGCUUAUCCCAACUGAUAAGUCCAUUAACUCAUUCAUCAGUUGAUAUUCUGAAAAAUGCAUUUUCAUGGCUUCAACUUGGAUCAGAUGAUUUUGAUUCAAAUGUUACUCCCAAGGUUCUUGAACAAAGCAGUGACAGUUUUAAGGAUGAUGUAUGGGGUACUGCAGGGCUCAUAUUGGGCUUAGGCAGUUCUGCUGGUGCAAUCUAUAGAGCCGGUGGUUAUGAUGCAGUUCUCAAUCUGAAAACCUUGCUUCUGUCUUGGAUUCCCAACUUGAAUCCUUCCGUUCCUUUUUCUGCUGCAAGUGCAGAAUGUGAGCUUCUGUUAUCAACAGGUGCUUGCCUUGCAGCACCUAUGGUAAUGGUUUUCUGUCACAGAGUAGAGCUUAUAGAUGGUACUCAGAUGGAGCAGCUAGUGGGUUGCUACAAGAAACUUAUUUCUCAGCUAGUCCCUGUUCAGAGGUUUAGCACUCUUCAUCAGAGCUUGUUGUUGGCAUCUUGUGUUGGAGCUGGGAGCCUUCUUGGUGCCAUUUCGAAUGGAAGUUCGCAUGCUUUGAAAGUUGAACUUGUAAAAGAUUUGCUCGAUUUAUUCAGGAAGAGCUACUCAAAUCCCAACCAUCCUUUAGUUCACUUGGGCGCUGUCAUUGGGGCUGUAAAUGCGUUAGGGGCUGGUGCAAAUAUACUGUUUCCAGAUCACCCUUCGUGCUCAUUAUAUGUUAUCGAUGAUCAAAAGGAGUCUCCGUUCAUCAAUGGUCCAUUACUUUCAAAUCCAGCCUUGGAGCCUUAUUUGACAUCAAUGGUGCAAGAGAUUUUUCUUUUAGCACAAAACUCUGAUAGUGAUCAACUGAAACAGUAUGCUGCAUGGGCGGUUUCCUUUCUUAGGCAUUCUUUACAUUUCCAAGAGCCACAUAAUAAGGAAACUACAGUUGGUGAUGAAGACAUCAAGAAUGUCUCACACUCUUUUCCCGAGGACAGCACAGUUUUGAGGCUAUCUUUGUGGCUAAAGAAUCUGCAGUACACUGGGACAGGCAAAGUAGUACAUGUUAACACUGUUGCAAGGGUUAUGCACUGUCUUACACAAGCCCCCAGAUUGCCAUCAUUAGAUUGGGGAAUAAUCAUCAGAAGAUGCAUGCAAUACGAGGGUGAAGUUGCUGAAAUGUUGUCCCAAGAUGUAACCUUUGAGAAAGGACUUCUGAGAGAGGAAUGCAUACUUUUCUCUCUAUCCCAUGCAAACCAAUUUGAUCAAAUCCUUAUCUUUCUUGACGAACUUUGCGACCUUGCCAGGAUGAGGGCACUUGAACCAACUCUGCAGUCAUGCAUACUAGUGUACCUGGCUGAUCUGUCUAAGAUAUUCUCUGGCUCUCGGGUUUUGAAACUGUUCAAUGAUUUGGCUAACUUCUUAUCUUGGUUAGUUUCAUCUGGACAAUUGAGUCCUGAUCAGAAAAGCUCAUUGAGGUCGUCAUGCUGGAGAGGCCUGAAUAAGUGUUUGGAGGAAUCUUCUCUUAACACACUAAGUUACAAAUCUGAAAUAGAAAACUGUAUGGAAAUUCUAUUCCAUGCAUUACCCCAGUUUCCCUCCGUUGGCUCUAAACAACUGUAUCAGGCAAAUAUCUCUGGAGAAUGGUCUGAAGCAAUUCGAUGCCUUGCGAAAUCUGAACAAGGAUGGCUAUUGAAUCUUUUGCAGAUUCCGGAGGUGAGUCAUAAUGAGGUAAAUGAUCACUCUGAAUCUGUGAAAAAGAUCCUAGUGAAAUCAAGAUUAGUUCAAACUGGCUCCAUCUCAUUGAGUGAACUCGGAAAACUACAAUCUUAUAUGUUGAACCACAGAUGUGAAGUUAUCUGGGAUGCUCUACUAGGCAUUAUAGAGACUUUGCAGUACAUUGAUGGGAGUGCCAAGAGACAAUGGCUUGUUAAUGCGAUGCAAAUUAGCUGUGUUUCACGUUUUCCUUCCACGGCAUUGCGGUUCAUUGGCCUGCUAUGUGGAAGCUGUUGCAGAUACAUGCCUGUUUUAGUUGUAGACCAAAUGGCUGUGUUGAGUGACCUUCCCAUCACACUGACAUCCCUUCUCUUGGACAGCCAAUGGGCAGUGGUAGCAGAAUCUGUUGUUUCCCACAUUUGGUCAUUAACCAUUCGAGUCCAUGAGUGGGCAAAAUGCAUAGCUGACGGUAAGUGUUCAGCUAAACAACCGCCUAUUGACAACAGCGAAAAUGGCAUGGCUGCUUUCCUCUUCCGGGUAUUGCACCAUUCAUGUGUUUCUCUGAAACAAUAUCUAUCCCCUGAAGAGCAACUAGAAUUGGCGAACAUGGAGUCAACAAACCUGUAAGAUCAUAGAAUAAUUAGUCUUUUAACAUAAGCUGUACAAAUCCCACCUCUUCCGCCCUUGGAUUGGAUUUUGACUUUUGAUGAAAACGAGUGCGACCUCCAUUGAUUGUUCCAUCUUUAUUUUAGAAGUGCCAACUGCAAAGGGAGCUGCCUUUUUAAUCUCCCAAGAAAGUAACACUGAUUGUAAAACAAACUCAAUUUUUUUUAUUCCAGAGCUUUGUGUGUUUUUGAUGCUGUGAAAGUAAGAGCAAGCUGAGCCACACUGCCUUCAACAGAUUGUUUUAAAAAUGCUCUGUAAUGCAUAUCAUUUGCCUUUAAAAGAUAUACUCUGUUUAUUA